GGCAACGACAGCGACCUGACGAUUGCUCAGAACACUGCUCCAAACUGUACCCAAAUGUCUCCCUCCAAAGAUUCUUCAUUGCAACACAAACGCCACGCUGGGUUCUUAAGCCUUAUCUUGGUCUUCAUUUCUGCUCCCAGUAUGAGUCACAUGGCUGCAGGAACAGGCGUUCGACCUUGUUGGUUGGAAUUGAAGGCUGGAGCGAGCUAUAAGAGCACCCCAGGAUUGUGCAACUUGAACCGAGUUUGCGGCACAAGAUUUCCAGACAAUUGUAUGCCAGUGGACAUGAACGGAACAAAUUGCCCAGAUCAAAAGUGGUUCGCUAUUCGCAGCUACCAGAGAGGAGUGGACGACGACGGAGACUGCUUCGAAAAUGAGAUUGUGAACAGGGCUGGGCCUCAGAAGCUUGAAUCUUUAGUGGCUGGCUAUUGUCAUCCUCCGGUCUCAGCGAAGCAGAAAUUCGGGCCUGAUGGUCCACCAUAUGCGAAAUUGUUCUGGGAUGACGGUCGUCAACAACCCCUUAUCUAUAACAUUGAAGUCGAUGAUACAACGGGCAAGCAUAAGCUCGUGUUGGGUGGCUGCGAGUGA